AAGCGCCGCUACAGGGGUCUUUUCUGCUCCUGUCACCGCUUAAAACUAUCAGAUGGUUCGAGGGAGGACAUGGAGGCAGCCACCUAGCUCAACGGAACCACGGAGCCCACAGCUGCGCCCUCCGGAGACCCGAGGCCGCCGCUGCCUCAGUCCGCAUCGGGGCUCCGCAGCCGAGCUCCCCAGCCAGCGGACCGCGCGGCGCUGGGCGCUGCGGGGCUGAGCUGCGGAACUCAGAAAAGUGCAGAGCCCAGCCGAGCUGGGACACUGAGCCGGGAGGGACGCGGCGAGCAGCAGCGCCAUCCCGGAUGCAGACGCUCAACUUGGAGCAACUUUAAGAUCCCAGCAGCCGCCGGCCCGCGCGGACCCAGAACAAGAAGGGGGCAAACAGGAAGAUGCCUCGGCCCGGCCGCAACACGUACAGCGACCAGAAGCCGCCCUACUCGUACAUCUCGCUGACCGCCAUGGCCAUCCAGAGCUCGCCUGAGAAGAUGCUGCCGUUGAGCGAAAUAUACAAGUUCAUCAUGGACCGCUUUCCCUACUACCGGGAGAACACGCAGCGCUGGCAGAACAGCCUGCGCCACAAUCUCUCCUUCAACGACUGCUUCAUCAAGAUCCCGAGGAGGCCAGACCAGCCGGGCAAGGGCAGCUUCUGGGCGCUGCACCCCAGCUGCGGGGACAUGUUUGAGAACGGCAGCUUCCUGCGGCGUCGCAAACGCUUCAAGGUGCUCAAGUCAGACCACCUGGCGCCCAGCAAGCCAGCCGACGCUGCGCAGUAUCUGCAGCAGCAGGCCAAGCUGCGCCUCAGCGCGCUCGCGGCCUCCGGCACGCACCUGCCGCAGAUGCCUGCUGCCGCCUACAACCUGGGUGGCGUGGCGCAGCCCUCGGGCUUCAAGCACCCCUUCGCCAUCGAGAAUAUCAUCGCGCGCGAGUACAAGAUGCCUGGGGGGCUGGCCUUCUCCGCCAUGCAGCCCGUGCCUGCCGCCUACCCGCUCCCCAACCAGUUGACUACCAUGGGCAGCUCGCUGGGCACUGGCUGGCCCCAUGUGUACGGUUCCGCAGGCAUGAUCGAUUCGGCCGCCCCCAUCUCAAUGGCUAGUGGCGAUUACAGCGCCUACGGGGUGCCGUUGAAGCCACUGUGCCAUGCAGCAGGCCAGACGCUGCCCGCCAUCCCGGUGCCGAUCAAGCCCACGCCGGCCGCAGUGCCCGCGCUGCCCGCGUUGCCUGCACCCAUCCCCACCUUGCUCUCGAACUCGCCGCCCUCGCUCAGCCCCACGUCCUCGCAAACAGCCACCAGCCAAAGCAGCCCCGCCACUCCCAGCGAAACGCUCACCAGCCCGGCCUCCGCCCUUCACUCGGUGGCGGUGCACUGACCCGCCUCUGGCUCCCCUCCCCGCCAGCUCACUCGCCCUCCCUGGCUCCCAGUCCUGCCAUCCCUAACCUGGGACCGCCACCCUAACUUGUCCAUUUCACCUUCGGCCAACCCUCUCUUCCCUGUGAGAACUUUGUUUGGACCCAGGGGAUAAAACGCAAACUUAGAGAUGGGCCGGGGGGGCGCGUGGGAGUUGUCCUCGCCCCUACAAGAGGAGAAGACAAGAGGGCACCUGAGCCAAACCGUCCCAUCUCCGAGGUCCCCGAAACCCCCUUCCAUUUAAGAGGCAGGGAAAAUCCUGUUUCCCGCUUUCACGCAGAGGAGAGCGUCUUUCCUCGGCGGAGAUCGGCGGGGCAGUUAGUUCCAAGAACAGAAAA